AUGGAUAAGAAGAAAGUCGAAUUCCGCUUGAUGGAUAUCAAGGUGGCGCAUGAUGAGCUUGCUCUUGCUCUUACUGAUCCAAAGAAAGAGAAGCGACUGACCAGAUACCAAGUUGAUGAUUGGAGUGAUGUCGAUAUUAAAUCUGUCUCUGAAAUCAUCAUGGCAUCUAUGAAAACAUAA